UGUUUGAAGAUGGCGGAUGUUGCUGAGCUAGGAGUUGCUGGGUACUGGAGUUUGGAUGCUUCUGAUGAAGAUCAGCAGGUAGUGUACGUCCCAGGGCUCUCUAAAAAAGGCAACAUAAGACCAGCACCCAAGCCUCGGAGUAUGAAAACAGGAGGUGCAAAAUCUAAAAUGCCUGUCCCAACUGCUGACAAUUAUUUAUCUCAGCACUGGCACAAUCAGCAGGAACGGCAGGUGGCCUCUGAAGAAGCAGAAAUAAAGAGUGCGUCUCUGAAGGAUUUGUGUCCAGAGGAUAAGCGGCGCAUUGCGAAUCUUAUUAAAGAGCUGGCAAGGGUUAGUGAAGAAAAGGAAGUUACUGAAGAACGGUUAAAAACUGAGCAGGAAUCAUUUGAAAAGAAAAUCCGGCAGCUUGAAGAACAGAACAACCUCAUUAUCACAGAAAGGGAAGCUCUGCAACACCAAUACCGAGAAUGCCAGGAGCUGCUGAGUCUGUACCAGAAAUAUCUGUCGGAACAGCAGGAGAAACUUAACCAGUCUCUGUCCGAGCUCAGGGGAAGCCAGCAGCCGCAGGUGUCUGACCAGGUUCCUCAGGGGACGGUGUCUAGUGAUCUCAACGGUUCCUAUCUUUGUCAGCCUUAUGCUCCGCUUCACCAUAAGUCUAGAAGUGAAGCGGGAAGCUCAUGUUCUCAUGGGACCAAUCGCCACUGUAGAAGUGAACCCAGCUCUAGACUUGGCCUCUGUUACAACCAAGGAGAGUGUUGUCUAGGAAGUGGUUUACAAGGCAAAGGCAUCCAUGCUGGGUUUUCAGAUUUACACUGCUCACAACAGCCAAAGUGCCUUCAAAGUCACCAUUGUGGGUCCAUCUUUAACCAUCAAGAGACUCAUUGCUGCUUACAUAAUGCAUCAAAGAAGACACAAAACACGCCUGAUCUCUCGCCCGGAGGCCGUUCUGUGCCAUACUCAUUUGUUCGCAACUCAUCCACAUCUUUGCCAGGUAAUGGGGUGACACAACCUAAAGAACCAGCAUAUGGACAAAGCUUAUCCGAAGACAAAAAACAUCAACUUAUACUGCAGAAAAUGGAGUUAGAAAUUGAGAAGGAGCGGCUGCAACAGAUGCUGGCCCAGCAGGAAGCAAAACUAUGUCUUAAGGAACAACAGCUGCAACAGACCAGACUGGAUUAUAAUCGGACCCAUCCAGAUCCUGUGUCUCAGCUCCCAUUGGCCAGUGACAUCUCUGGACCACCUUUGCGUUCAGUAGUUCCUAUGACUAAUGGUUCGGGUCACAGCCCGGUGAAGCCAACAUCUGAAGAUACCUCUACUCCACCAGCCAGAAAAAGUGGUAAAAAUCAGAACAAAAGUGUAGGCAGCAGUCCUGAGAAAAAGAUCUCUUUGUGUAGAACUCCAAAAGAUGUGUUGUUGGUACACUCACAGAAUGGGUUUAGUAAAGACUGCAGAAAGUAUUCGUCAACUCCUCCCACAGCAGCAAGUGUGCAGCCAGAACUCAUGACUGAUGCUGUAUCGCCAGUGCAGCGAAGCUUAUGUCGAUAUGAAACAUCGCUCAUAGACAUGCUAGAUGCAAUAAGUCCUAUAUCUGUCCAGAGGCAGCCACUUGAGCACCGAGAGGUAUUUGAUCUUAGCCCGCCCCCAAGGACCAGUCGUAAGUUCUUCAGACGUCCUAUCAGCCCAGGCGUUCCACCAACUGAGGACCCUGAAGAAAGCCGCAUGUUGGAAGAGAUCUUCUUCAUAUAUUGAUACAAGCUGUACUUAUUUUAUGUAUUCUCCAUAGUGUUGGAUGACUGUAUAGCCUAGUAAUGAAAUGUAAAUACUUUCAAUGUCCUGUAAAUAACGUUACACAAAAUAGACAAUGUUUGUCAAUUCAGUCGACGUUUCAACACAAGGUAUUUAUCUUCUAUACUACAGAACAAAUACUCUGUUUUGCACUGUAUGUAAAUAUUACAACGCUCUGCUAUUUUUUACAAUCUGAAUAUGCAAACUUUAGGGGGCAAAUGACGAUUUUUAUAAACAAUUUUAUUUUUAUGCUGUUUUGAAUAUAUUGAGCACUAACCAUUUAACUUAUUGUAUUAGUGGUAGUGUUUUCUGCAAGAUCAGUUUACAAGCUAGCGCUUCCAGCAAUGCCCUAGUGUCCCACAUAUUGCGCGUAUACCACAUAUUUGUGAGUGCACUGACAUUGUGGUAAUGAGCGUGCAAGCCGUGCAUGCACCCCACACAUCCACUUAAGUUUUGAAAAUUCAUAUAUAUAUAUCUAUUGUAAUUUUAAUCAUUUCAACAGGUGUAUUAAUUACAAGUGGUGUGAACUGUAUAAUGUCUGCCUUCCUUAGCAGAGAUUAGCUGAACAUUUACAUGAUAUAGAUCAGCAAGUCUUAAAUUCAAUUUUAAAAAUGUAUCAUGAAAUUAAUUCAUUAUCAUUUUUACACUGUUUUAAAAUCAGUUGUCAGUCCAACAAUUAAUAGGAAUAUUUGUAUAAUUUGUGUUAAUUGCAGUGUAUAAUUUGCAUGCUGGGUAGCAUAUAGUUUGCUAGGCGAAUAACGCUACAAUUAGAGGAAUUAUCAGCUAGGCAGUUGUUCUUCUAAAAUUAUGUUUGGUAUGGGUUUAACCCCUGACUACCAACUAGAGUCUUAACUUAUUGCCUUAUCUGAUAUUACAAAUAGAAGAGUGCUCACUUGAACAGGUCACUUCCUAUUCUUUAAACUAAAAUAGCACGAGGAACCUAUAUUUCCAGUAUUUUUGCAAUAUUAUAUUAUUUAGCUUCUUUUUUUUUUUAAACCUUAAAGAACUUGAUUUAGGAUUUAUAAUAUUGUGUACUGUGAAUUGCAAAUGAUAACUGAAAGCUAAUGAGAUGUUUAUAUAGACUUAAUAGUUCAGUAAUAAAUACAUUUCAGCAAAGAUGCUUUCUUGUAACUGUUUUUCACACACAAAGCCGGGUGUUAAACGUAGAGUUAAUGUUCAGGGCCAGGCGCACAGCAGGUGAUUUGCGGCUACAUGCGUAUAUUGUUGCUGGUUACCUCUCCAGCUGGGGCAGCAAUUGUCUGAUUGGUCUUUGUGUUUUUUUUUCGAGCUUUAUUAAAGAAAAAAGAUAAUAUAAAUAAUAAAGUGGCAACACAGGUAAAGGUAGAUCUGAAGUCUAUCAGCUUCAUUCAAAACAUUGUAUAAAUCAAGUUUCAUUCCAAGUAUUGAUCCAGGUUAGCCCGGAGUAUCAAGGUCCAGACAUACUCCACUGCAGUCUUUGUGUGUUUAACCCUUUUUGUGAGGUUUGAACACACAAUUAAAAGCAAGCAAUGGUACUGUGGUGUCUCUUUAAGAUCAGAACAUCUUCCUUUGAAACACUGCAGCAGUACUUAGCCAUUUUUGCCUUCUGCAUCUAUAACCUACAGGUGACAACACCGUAUCCAUUAGAUUUGGAAGAGGUUCCGCAUCAUUUUCUGCCUGGACACAUUUUUAGUUUUAAUUUCUUUUAGAUUUUAAGUUAUGGUCUUUCAUGAAGAUGACUUUAAACUUUAGCUGUAUACAAUUUGUUAUUAGUUUAUAAGAAAUCUUGCGGAAACACGUCAACAUUAUCGUUUCAUCUCAAACAUUUUUACCAACUCUUAAGUGAAAAUGAUCAUGGUUAAUACCAAGAGAUAAUAGUGUUACAUAAUGUUUUCAUAUAACGUUUACUAGUAAUGAAUAGUGAAUACUCUUUAUUAAAUAUGUAUAGUAUUUAAUCAGUUUCACCAUGUUAAAAUCUGCCACUUUUGCUGUGUUUUGAUCUGAAGAGCCUUUCAUGCAAGUUAUUUUUAUAUCUAAAGAAUUUAGACUUUGUUUUAACAAGAGCUGGAGUGGUCAAAAUUACUUUAAUAUUAUUGAGAAUUUUUGUAAUGAUUCAAAAAAAGAUGGAAGCCUGGAGUAAAAUUCGAUUCCAUAGUUAUUUUUAGCUCCUGAAGGUUUGAAAAGCUUGUGAAAGAGUGAUUUUAUUUUUGUGUUAUAGUAAAAUAAACAUCAUGAACUCUACUGUAUGUAUAUAUGGUGUUGUUUACAACCUAUGUGAUAGGCAUCUAUGCAUAGGAAUGUGGCUAAAAGGACCAUUUGAGGUUGUUUCCUUAAUUUGCUUUCUGUGAAUGGGCCAAUCAACCAUAGCCUUUGGGGCAGCGUUGCAUCUGGAUUUGUUUUCUAGCAUUUUCAUCAGAAAUAAGGUUUGAGUCCCAAGCCAUAUUACAAUAGAUGGAUCAUACACAUAACGAGUCCUCAAAGUAAAAUUGCUUAAAAUGUCAUGCUCUAUCUGAAUCACAAAAUAAAAAAUGUGAGUUCAGUGUCCCUUUAAGACUCAGCUUUUGUCCUAACGUGAUAUAAAUUGUAAACCAGUCUAUAAGAAUCAUGGCUAAAACAUUUCUAUCAUUGUUCAUUAUCAAAUACAAUUGUGAUAUCUUUUAAAGGUUAAUGUGCUGUUUCCUGAUGGUACUUUCAUUCAUCUUUAUCAUGUUGUAUAAUUUUGUCAUAAAAGGACAUUCUAAUACAAACAAUGACACACUUAUGUAUGUAAUAUUUACAUUUCUGAGCCUAGUUAGCUAUGAUUUAAACAUACGGUAAUGAGCUAGUCAGGAGCGUCAGACCUGUGUAUCCACCAAUCACAGACGAUUUCCUUCUCAGAUGCCAGAAUGCUUGUGGCUCCUGAACUGAAAUGUAUCUAAAUGUCUAACCUCUUUAUUAAGUAUUAAACACAAAGUUACUGAAGAUAAAUAAUGCACACACUAGUGAAUUAGAGUAUUUUAUCUUUGCAUUAAACAUUCUUUUUAUGUCUAGCUAAGGGACACCGGAAAAUAACUCAAUAAAUAUUUAAGUAGCAUAGUCCUUUGUUUUAAAGGGACACUAAACCAAACCAUUUUCUUUCAUGAUUCAGGUAGAGAAUACAAUUUUAAAUAACAUUCCAAUUGACUUAUAUUAUUGCAUUUGCUUCAUUCUUUAGAUAUCCAUUGUUGAAGAAAUAGCAAUGCAUAUGUGUGAGCCAAUCACACAAGGCAUCUAUGUGCAGCAACCAAUCAGCAGCUACAGAGCAUAUCUAGAUAUGCUUUUCAGCAAAGAAUAUCAAGAGAAUUAAGCUUAUUAGAUAAUAGAAGUACAUUAGAAAGUUGUGUAAAAUCACAUGCUCUUUCUAAAUCAUGAAAGAAAAAAUUUGUGUUUCAUGUCCCUUUAACAUUUUGGACAGUUACCCCUAAUGGUAGUUUCUAUCCAAUGUUUAAUACAAUUCUUAGCAACCUGUGUUGGCAUUUAUAUGUAAGUCUUUAGUCAUAAUUAAUUUGCUAAACUGGUAAAAUAUGAGCCAUAAGCUGCAAUCAUUGAUUUAAAAAAUAAAUAAAAAAAACUGCUAAUAAAAUUACAUAAAAAGCGGCACAAAGUGUUUGCUACUAAAAGGGAAUACAAGUGAAACUUUGUUAUUAAAUUUACAGCUCAAUUUGAAAUGUGUUAAAAUGCCACCAAAUUGGUGGUUGUGUUUAUCUGCAUAUAAGACGACACUUUGCCCUGCAUGUCAUUAUAUGCCAAAGUUUCCAGCGGUGAAGUUGUGUGCAUCCUAAAUCUUUGGUGGUUAAAUGGGAUAUGCUUUAAAAUAUACUUAUUUCCUGAUUUAAGGCUUUAACACAUUCCCCUGGCAGCGUCUUUACUUCUAUGGCUCUUACUAAGCUAUUUUUUUUAUUUAUUUAAAUGUCUUGGUCUCUUGAAAGUUUUCCACUUUUUAAUUUCUACAAGCAGCGAACUAGUCUGUACCACUAACAUUGUUCCUUAAUUCUGCAGCAGCUAACGUCUUAUUGCUGCACACAGUAAGUCAAAUUCUGCUUCUCUUGAUUAGUUUAGUGUCUUAUAUGCCGAAAAAAUAUGAUUGCAAACAAAAGUAACAUUUUCUAAUUGCAUUGGGACUGAGACAAAAUAAUUGAUCAGUGUAUUUUAUCUUCUUUAAUCUUAGUCAUUUUUACCCUGAAAUAAACUUGUUUUCACAGAGCACCAAACCAUUUAUACAAUAUUAGUUAUUCUCGUUAAUCUGUACCUAAUCAUUCAACUCUUCUAUCGGUUGGUGCCCACUUUAUUGUAUAACACAAAUAUACAAAACUUUCUUUUAGAGAGAGGUGCAAUAUGCAUGAUAUUUUUAGAUCAGAACAUUUAGUGUUUUGGAUAAAUAAAUGUAAUAUAUAUUAGAUUGAGUCACCUAACAGUCACCCCAAUAUUAACAAAUAGACACUUCAUGGUGAUAUAAUGUAAACACUGAUAUGACACAGGAUAAUAUCACCUUACGGAUUUUUAUUUUAAAUUAUUUUAUUUACUUAAAGAUUAAUGUGCCUUGAGUUAAAUACUUGUAGUCUUAUUUGCUAAAUUACCAUAUACGUCACGUUUUGGUCAUUUGUUUUUAUUGCAAAAAUAUUAAUAAACGUUACACAAAAGCUUUGAA